AUGGCCGCACCGACAGUGUCCCUGCUCUCCCAGCAGGUACGGUGCUUCAGAACAUCAGUGGUCAGGCCCUUUUCCAAGCUUGUGAGGCCCCCUGUUCAGGUAUAUGGCACUGAAGGUCGCUAUGCCACUGCUCUUUAUUCUGCUGCAUCUAAACAGAAUAAACUGGAACAAGUAGAAAAGAAGCUACUGAGAAUAGCUCAACUCCUGAAGGACCCUAAAAUGUCUACUUCUAUUCUGAAUCCCUACAUUAAACGUUCCAUUAAAAUGAAAAGCCUGAGCGACAUCACAACAAAAGAGAAGUUUUCCCCACUCACCUCCAACCUCAUGAUUUUACUUGCUGAAAAUGGUCGUCUGGACAAUACCCAGGGAAUCAUGGCUGCCUUUUCUACCAUCAGGAGUGUCCACCAUGGAGAAGUACCUUGCACAGUGACUACUGCCUCUCCUUUAGAUGAUGCUGUUCUCUCCGAAUUAAAGAUAGUUCUGAAGAGCUUCCUAAGUCAAGGCCAAGUAUUGAAAUUGGAGGUUAAGACUGAUGCGUCAAUCAUGGAUGUAAUGAUUGUCCGUAUUGGGGAGAAGUUUGUUGACAUGUCUGCAAAGACCAAGAUUCAGAAACUGAGCAGGGCCAUGCGGGCAGUUAUGUGAGCGCUCUGGUGUCCAUCAUCAGUGGAAAUUUCUGC